AUGCUCUCUUCCUCUAUAUCCAUCUCUUUCUCUCUUUUCAUUCUUCCCUUCCAUUUUUUUUUCUCUCUCUCUCUCUCUUUCUCCCUCCCUCUUUCUCCAGGUCUUUCCGUUUCAUUCUCUCCCUCUUUCCACUUUUUUCUCUCUCUGGUUCACAAUCCGAAAUUAAAUAAUCUAUCUAUCUAUCUAUCUAUCUAUCUAAUUCUGUUUCUAUCUAUCUCAAUCUAUUCCUUCUUUCCUAUCUAUCUAUCUAUCUAUCUAUCUAUCUAUCUAUCUAUCUAUCUAUCUAUCUAUCUAAUUCUGUUUCUAUCUCAAUCUAAUUCUGUUUCUAUCUAUCUCAGUCUAUUCCUUCCUUCCUUCCUAUCUAUCUAUCUAUCUAUCUAUCUAUCUAUCUAUCUAUCUAUCUAUCUAUCUAUCUAUCUCUCCCAGUCUGUGCAUAUCUAUCUCAGUCUGUUCAUAUCCAUCUCUGUUCAUAUCUAUCUAUCUAUCUAUCUAUCUAUCUAUCUAUCUAUCUAUCUAUCUAUCUCUCCCAGUCUGUGCAUAUCUAUCUCAGUCUGUUCAUAUCUAUCUAUCUAUCUAUCUAUCUAUCUAUCUAUCUAUCUAUCUAAUUCUGUUUCUAUCCAUCUCAAUCUAUUCCUUCUUUCCUAUCUAUCUAUCUAUUUAAUUCUGUUUCUAUCUCAAUCUAAUUCUGUUUCUAUCUCAUCUAUUCCUUCCUAUCUAUCUAUCUAUCUAUCUAUCUAUCUAUCUAUCUAUCUAUCUGCUGGCUGGCUGGCUGGCUGGCUGGCUGGCUGGCUUUCUUUCUUUCUUUCUUUCUUUCUUACGCAUACUACUUUUCUUCUUUACAUUCUUAUACUGAUUUCCUUCCGUUCUUUCUUUAUUGAUUUCUUCCUUGAUUGUUCUCUUUCUUUUUUCAUUUCUUUCUGA